CCAGCUCCACUUACUGACAUGUUCUCACAUCUGGCAUCGACAUUUGCUGCACAUCUCAUUUCAUCUUCCUCGAUUAAGGCUUCCACUCCCAUUCCUGCACUCAAUACAUUCAUGAUUUCACCCGCAAAGAAACACCACCAAGAACUUCUUGAUUCCUCCCCUCAAACAAAACACGAGAAGGAGCUGCAGGAUGCGCUUCAUGAAGCAACAGUCCAUGAAGCAUGUUACAAGAGUCUAUUGAGGGGCCAGCAGGCAGCAAUGAUCCUUCAGUUUGGAUAUUGCAUGCGUGUAAAAUGCCAACUUGCUACUCGUGAGGAGAAGGAGCAGUUAGAGAAGCAGAAGGGAAAAGGGAAGAUUGUCAGUGAUGGACUUCCUCGAAUGCUCACUGAUGAUGCCUUUGUCGAGAUUGUGGCUGAACAUGAGCGGAAGCAGGAAGCCACUGAGCAUUCCAAGGAACAGAGAAAGACAUUGCGUGAACAG